AUGGAUGUUUUCCGGAAUCCACACGGCCAACUCCAGCACCAUGCAGAGUCGUCGAGCACUGACGACGACGAUAUUCGUUUUUCGAAACCGAAGCCCAAGUCGCGCCCCGCUCGACAUUCCCGUUCAAUGAGCCAUCCAAUCACCUCUCUGUUCAGCAAGAAGAAGAAGCCCGCCAGCGACGGUGUCGACGACGAUUCAACUGAUGAUGAUACUACUCAUGCCAGAGGGCAGCUGGGUUUGCGCACAUCGAUGGCUCCACCCGGGCCCCGCCGAAGGUCCGCCGACUCUGUCAAGGGCAACUGCAUGACAUGUGGUAGUCAGGUCUCGUGGCCGAAGGAGGUCGAUGCCUUCAGGUGCUCCAUAUGCGUGACCAUCAACGACUUGAAACCUUUCAACCCGCCUAGAAGAGACGAGAAGGGCUCCGAACCUCCGAGGCCGAUCUCCCUCGAGCACACCAAGUUUCUUGUCCGGGAGGGCCUGCGAUGUGCACUGAACUCCUUUCUGGUCGGCAGAGCACCGAAAGACCGCAAUGGAACGUCAGACGCCGGGCCUAGUGGUCCUCUCUCUCGGGUUGCUGGCGACUACUUCUCUCAAAAACAGGACAGGCCGAUCUCUAUUCAUCGCAGUCCGCCAGUGCUUAUUCCUAGUCCUGUCUUUGACGGCCACACUGAGGUUAGCUUUGAAAUGAACCCCUUGCGCCAACUCGCCGGUCCAUCCCGGUCAAACUCGACGUCAUAUCCUGAUGCUAGAAGCUCAGGACUCCCGUCGAAGCCGCAGAAGAGAGAGCCGGUCGGCAUUGAUGGUUGCAGGAUAUUUAAGCCACUAGAGGAUUACUUGGCCACGAGCUUCAACUCAUAUGCAUGCAUCAACGCGUCCUUCGUCGCACGGCGAAAAAGUUUCAGCUCUCGACCCGUUGGAGCACAACCCAGGACGCGGCGACAAAGCUUCAAGUCGGCGCCAAUCGACACUCCUCGGAAUCGCCGAGGUUCACGCAGCGAUCCUGUCAACACCGACACUCUGGUUUCGGAGCUAGACGCAAAGAUGCUGCUGGUGGGUGACAUUGCUGAAAACGGAUCGUGGUGGACGGGUGGUCAGGAAAUCCAGCCAUUGAGGGCUCAGUCAUGGCGAUUAAACGAACCGCAGCCUAUAGCCAAUGCUCGGUCACCGCAAAUCGAUUGGAAAGAAGCUACUGCUUGGUAUCAUAGUGUUAUAAAUGCUGGAGAAAGUUGGACGGAUGUCUAUGGGGAACUCGUUCAGAAAGACCCAACCAAGACGCUCUCAGAACUGGACGGGCAAAACUUUGAGCAACUCGUUCUCGCCGCCCAGGAACACCUGCAACGGGUGUUGUUGAAGUGCACAGAAAACUUCCUCAAGCGGCCCGGCCGGUUGCUCAAGGAGCCUCAGGACAGCCGCUUUCUUCUACUUUUCCUGGCAAACCCGCUUCUACUGCAUGGUCACAAGACCUACGCGGGAGUAUGUCAACACUUGCGAAAGGAGCCAAGAGCACCUGAAGACGCAUACACUGUUGGGCGACACUCAGUAAUUAUUAAGAGGAUCCUCGGCAUCCUAUCCCACCUACCGGAUCCUUGUCAUCACCAUUUUGUUGGGUGGUUUUCGAGGCUACCGGAACAUAUUUUCUUGCAAAUCAAGGAUCUCGUCAGCAGCUUUGUCACAUACCGGCUCGUGCGUGCAAAUGAGAAAAGAUCGGAGCCGAAAGUGGACUUGACGGGCGGGUUGAUACCUCAGAUGCCUAGCAAUCGUUCCAGCAAUAAUGCAGCGUCGCUCCAUGCGGCACUUGGAACAUCCCAGCGCUCCAAUAAACGAAAGCCCGUUGAAUUGAAGAAAACUACUUACGGCGAUGAUUGGCAGAUGAAAGCCGGAGCUCAAGUUAUGGCUCUGGUGUUCGCUGCGAACAACGUGACUCACGUGCGUAGGAAUGAAGUGAGUGUUCGGCAUGCCCAUGGUCACUUGCUAGCCACUAGCGACUUUUACAACACUUUACUUGAUACCAUGGACUUCAGGGCGGAUUUCGAGGAAUGGGAGUCCAAGAAGAGCAAGUUUUCUUUCUGUCACUAUCCAUUCUUCCUCAGCAUUUGGACGAAAAUCCGGAUCCUCGAGUUUGAUGCGAAGCGGCAAAUGGCUCACAAGGCGCACCAGGCGCUAGUCGACAGUGUACUCACCCACAGAAACUUUGCCCAGUACAUCUCGCUCCGAGUGCGUCGGGAUUGUCUUGUGGAAGACAGUUUGAGGCAAGUGAGCCAGGUCGUUGGCAGUGGAAGUGAAGAGAUCAAGAAAGGCCUGCGCAUCGAGUUUGACGGCGAAGAAGGCGUGGACGCAGGGGGGCUCCGCAAGGAAUGGUUUCUCUUGCUGGUGAGGGAAGUCUUCAAUCCAGACCAUGGCCUUUUUGUCUUUGACGAGGACUCCCAACACUGCUACUUUAACCCCCACACCUUCGAGACUUCGGAUCAGUAUUUUCUCGUGGGGGUCGUGUUGGGCCUGGCUAUAUACCACUCAACGAUCCUGGAUAUCGCCUUGCCACCUUUCGCCUUCCGUAAACUUCUUGCUGCGGCACCAGCUCCCUCCACUGGAAUAACAGGCCUUCUGCGACCACCAAUGACCUAUUCAUUGUCUGAUCUUCGUGAAUACCGGCCACGCCUUGCGCAUGGGCUCAAACAACUGCUCGAGUUUGAGGGAGAUGUUGAAUCAACGUUCUGUCGAGAUUUCGUUAUUGAAACGGAGAAAUACGGCACAACGAUACGAACACCUCUCUGCCCCGGAGGAGAAAAUAUGCAGGUGACAAAUAACAACAGACACAAGUUCGUCGAGCUUUACGUAAGGUAUCUCCUCGAUACGUCGGUGAGUCGACAGUUCGAGCCAUUCAAGCGGGGAUUCUUCACGGUGUGUGCUGGCAAUGCCUUGUCUCUCUUCAGGCCAGAAGAGAUCGAACUUCUCGUGCGAGGAUCCGAUGAGCCGCUCGACAUUGCGACCCUGAGAGCUGUUGCGACUUAUACCAACUGGGAGCCGGACAAGUCCUCGGAACCGGAGCUCGAGCCAACCGUCGAUUGGUUUUGGAAGAGUUUCGCAGCAGCGUCACCUGCGGACCAGCGCCGUCUCCUUUCCUUCAUCACCGGGAGCGACCGCAUUCCGGCGAUGGGGGCGGCCUCUCUUGUCAUCAAAAUCAACUGUCUGGGUGACGACAUCGGGCGAUACCCCACGGCACAGACGUGUUUCAAUGCCCUAAAUCUUUUCCGCUACAGGCUGCAAGAAAGUCUGGAGGUCAAAUUAUGGGGGGCGGUUAGGGAGAGCGAGGGCUUUGGACUUCGAUGA